UCUCUUGCAGAUUACAGAAGAAAAGUGUAAACAUCCUUCGAGCAGCGUUUUAUUAAAUGUUUGUUUAUUUACUGUUUAUUUGUGGAUGACAGACAUUUUACCAAUAAUCGGACUGAGUGUAUUACAGUAAUAGUUUUCGUUUUUUUUCUGAAUACAACACUCUUAUCACACGUAUUCUGGAGCAACUAUAUGCAUGAUCGCUGAUAUUUUAUAAUCGAGAAGCUCCUCUUUUCAUUAAAGGUUGUUGCAUAUAUUUUGGCUACUUCAGUAUGGCCACUCUGACGAGGCAGGACCUUAAUUUUGGCCAAGUUGCUGCUGACAUUCUGUGUGAGUUUUUGGAAGUGGCCAUUCACCUCAUCCUAUAUGUCAGAGAGAUUUAUCCAUCUGGUAUUUUUCAGAAAAGGAAGAAAUACAACGUACCUGUGCAGAUGUCAUGUCAUCCUGAGUUAAAUCAGUACAUUCAAGACACGCUCCAUUGUGUCAAGCCACUGAUAGAGAAGAAUGAGGCUGAAAAGGUUGUAGUGGUGAUCAUGGAUAAAAAGCACCAUCCAGUGGAGAGAUUUGUGUUUGAGAUCUCACAGCCUCCACUGCUGUCCAUCAGCUCAGAGACUCUGUUGUCUCAUGUGGAGCAGCUGCUGAGAGCGAUGAUCUUAAAAAUCAGCGUAUGUGAUGCUGUUCUAGACAACAAUCCUUCAGGAUGCACAUUCACAGUGCUGGUACACACCAGGGAAGCUGCCACAAGAAACAUGGAGAAAGUUCAGGUCAUCAAGGAUUUUCCAUGGAUUGUAGCAGAUGAGCAGGAAGUUCACAUGGAAGAGGCAAAACUCAUUCCUCUCAAAACGAUGACUUCUGAUAUUCUCAAGAUGCAGCUCUAUGUAGAAGAAAGAACACAGAAAACUUGAUGCUCUGCAAACACAUGAAAGCAUCUGCAGGUGUUUACAACAGGAAGCACCUUUUUUUUAAGUUAACAACAGACUUCUUUAUAAGUUACAUUAGGAUAACAUAGCAGAAGUAUAUUGAACUGGACUGUGCAUUUUAUUAACAAACUCAAUGAUCCACUGAGAAAUGGACCAUUGAGGAAAGGAAAUUGGGACUGGAUUUUUUUUAAACAUUGACAACAGGAAUGUUUAAAUCAUUGGUAAUAUGAGGAAAGUUCGAGCUGGAUUGUGUUUUAAGAAAGUAAUGAAGCCAAAAUGUUGCAUAAAUGGCCACAGUCAUUUUGUGCUGAUGAUGUCGUUUGGAGCCAGAGUUUGCUGGUAAUCAUGAGGUGAAGCUGCCCAAUGAAGGUCCUGCCCAAAUUGAUCAAUCACAAGCACACAAUCAUGAAACCACACACCGUUUUUACAGCAUCAAAUAACUAAAACUGAACUUAUUAGAAAAGCACACUUGAACAUAUAUCAACGUGAUAAGAACAAAGUAAAAUGACAGAAACCACCUUUGGGGAAAAAUAAUUUAAAGUGUAAUUAGAUUUUUUUUUUUUUGUAGUUUGGAAAAAGUCCCAUUUAUUGAUAAGGAGAAGGCAGAGUUUAUGACCAUACUACAGCCAGUCACACUUCUCCAGCUCAGGCAAAAUGAUCACCUCUGCACUAGUUCCCUGAUAUGUGUAUAUUCUAUAAUCUAUCUACAAUUCUACCUCUCCUCAUCAUGAACAUUGUGCUUUGUGUGGCAACUUGCAAUAAUGCAGAAUAUGAAAUUAAUGGAGAGUGUUGCCCAAUGUGUGAUCCAGAUUAUUUACUCCAGACUUAUUUUCUAGGAAAGCG